CGCACCGCCAUGACGUCAGGCGCGUACGGCGUCACCGCCCCUCCCUUUUAAACAUUUCCUACAUUUAAAACGAAUGGAAGUGACAAAGUCCACAAUGUGAAAGGUCUGUGGGGCUGUAAACCGUGUGUCUAUAUAUAAGAGAUGAGCGUGAACUUUUAUUAUUAUAAUUUUUUUAUGACAAAUUCCUUUGUGGAACUCAAAGUUGAUACACAUUUAUUGGAAGCGGAGAUAUAUAUAUAUAUUUUUUUUUAAUGAAAUGCAUUCUUAAUGCGUCCUUUACGUAAUGAUCGUAUAGAAAAAGGUUGUUUUUUUUUUUUUGUUUUUGUUUUUUUUUGCCAGGUUAUAAAAUGGCUAACAGGAAGCUUCCGGUUCUGGCUGCUGCUAGUUCUGGGUAUAAUAUCACGUGACAGACGCUAACGUUCUAUACAAGAGCGCGUGGCGAGGUGAUCUGCGGCCAUUUGGAUUGAGGCGGCACAGACUGCGGGCUGUGUGUAGGUCGGUGCAGGUAAUGUCAUACUGGCAUGGUAUUCUUCCAUCUGUGCAUAUAGUGCAUGUUUUCAAUCUGCUUGUUGGCUCUUUAAGUAUUUUUAUUUAAAACCAUGAGAGUGUGCUUUAGUUGCCUUUAGGUAUAAAUGACUAAUUCCUAGCUUGCUGAUUCAAAUCAUGAUUUUCCUACUCUAUAUCGCUUUUUAUAUACCAGCUAGUAGUGUUGGUUAAAGAUAUGAACUUCCUAAGUGCUGUCCUGGUAUAUCAGAAUUAAUAUAAAUUGAUAGAUUAUUUUGUAUUACUAUAUUUUUUUUUAUUUUUUUUUUAUGCUAAAGGUGGAUAACUGUUGGAAUUUCAAAGUAAUAGACUUACAUGCCACACAGUGAUAUGGUCUAGAGCUUGGAGGCUUUUGCUUAAUGUGUAAGCCUAUUCUCUUAAACCAGUUAUUAUACUGUCUGAAGAAUUUAGCGUUCUUGAUACAAUCACACCAACACCACAUUUGUACUUGAGUACAAAUUUUGUAGGAUUACUAAACUGGAUUAUAGGCUUCUAUCAGCAAUGUGUGUAAUAGCUGUUCAAAUUAUUACCUGAACUCUGGUUAACACUAAUUUGAAACGGUUUAAUCAAUUUGUAAUGGGGUGUGUGCUUAAAGGGUUACUAUAACCUUUUUGUGAUGUGUUUUUAUCUUUAGUCCACACGGCCCACCCCCUUAUUUUAAAAGCUUGCUAAAUAGAUUACAAUUAACCUUGAAUCUAGUGCGGGGCGAGGUCUUCCUUGCUGCUUUCCCCACUAUCUGAUGCCACGCCAUAUUAUCUGUGACUUUCAUUUUAUUUUUAAUAUAACUCUGCGUCCAAUGAUUAAAUCUUAUUGCUGUUCACAUCAUGAAUGUCUGUGAUUAAGACACUUUUGUUUAUGAGGACGUAAGAAUUCCUGGUAAUGCAUAUUGAAACUACGUAUUUUAUCAAAUCUUUAAAUCUCGUGCCACAGCAUUUUCUGAUGAUUGACUUCCAUUUUCAGGUUCUCCAUGGAAGAACAGGCUAUCUUAAUAACUGGACAAACUGUGUUCCAAGCUCUGUGUGUUUUCAAGACCAUCGUCAAUUAUGGUGUUCUUCCUACUUUUGAUCUUAACAGAUAUGAAAAACCACUUGGUGAUAAGUGCACAACUGAAGCCAGGUAAUAGUUUGAGUUGUCUCUUAAUGCCAGCAGCAAACUGUAGGCAUUUCUAAAAAGGUGUUGCAUUGCCACCAUUUGUCCAAUGAAGAAAGCAUUUUACUGCUGUUCACAUCAUGAUAUAAAGUGAUUAAUGUAUCUUGGCAGAGGACUAUGGAUGGUGGUCCAUUUUAAAUGCACUCUCGCUUAUCAUAAAUUAAAAUAAUUUUUAUUUAUUGUAGAAAAUGUAAUUUUCAUAUGCAAAACCCAAUACUUUCUGAUAUUUUUAAUUAUUUUGUUUACAUUAAAACGAUUUCUCUUGUUCCCUCAGGAUGAUGUGAAUAAUCUGAGCAUGGAUUUAAAAAGCAGGAGUUCUUCAAACUAGGUAAUGUUUAGCAUAAAACUACCUUAUGGUUUUAAAAAAAUCCCCCCCCCCUCAAUUAUUUGGCAAAUGUGUUCAUAUGACCAGAGAUAAGAAUGCUAUGAUCUGUAUGUGUUCAGGGAAACAGUCCUCUGGUUAGCUCUACUGCUUGAAUUCAGCAAAAGGGAAAGUAAUGCUGGUCUGUCAGCCUAAGGAAGAUUGUACAUGGGCACACUGUGAGAGCAGCAUGGAGAGAAUCUGCAAGACUGCUUCAUUGCAGCUGCUUUCAAUGCAGGAUCGGAAUGGAGUAAAAAUAGAAGUUCUACUUACACAAAGCUUCAGGCGCCAUCGUGAGGGGGAAACUAAUGUACAGUGAGCACCGCAUGGACAUUAGGCCUUCCCCAUAAACAAUUUAAUCAAUGCCUCCCUAUGAGUAUCUUUAGACAUCUAGCUACACAGCAGGUAGUGCCUCUAGUGGCUGCUUUAGAUAUACUAGUGCAGUGAUGGCGAACCUAUGGCACCCGAGCCCUUUGUGGGUACGCAGCCAUAGGAUGCCGGUCGACAGCCUUAGGCCUGCAUGGCGGUGGCAAUGCAGAGUAUGCCCAAAACAGAAGGCACCUACUCUGCUUUUGUGUGAGAUGCAGUGGCGGCUCCAGGAGGGGGACAAUUGCAGAGGAGACCACCGCAACACUCUUUCACAUCUUGCAGGAAGUGCAUACACUUGGCAGAGGUGAAGAUUGAGACCCCCUACCUAGAGUGCCAUGGGACCACAAAGGAAACACUCAAAAUAUUCAACUAAAAUAUUUUUACAAAUAUAUUAAAACUAAAAUGAUCCUCCCCCUCUCAGACCCAAUCCUAAACUUCAGUCUCACACUACCCCUUCACAACCACACACUGCAAAGAAUCUGUCAGUCAUUGUAAUUAGCGUUUUUAAUCCUGUUUUUACAAGACUAUGAUUUUAUUUAAUGAUUGUAAUAUCCGUAUUCUUUGCAAAUGUUUAAAUAAAAACAUACAUUUAUUCUCAGUGCAAAGUCUUAGAUUUACAUAUUUAUAUAAUCCAUUCAUCCAUGCUGAACAGUUAUAACUGACUUUAACAAAAUAAGUUUGGGUCUAUUUUUUUGGAGGGGAGUCUUUGUGGGCUUUUUUGUUUGUUUUAUACUUGCUGUUGGACAUGUAUUCACAUAUACUAUUUGUUCCAGGUGAAAUACCUAAUCGUUCCACUAAGAUGGAUUUGCUAGCUUGAUGGCAUCCAUGUGAAACACUUACAGGAUCAAUAAUCCCAUGUUAAAAGGUAACUUUGUUAAACAAACUUUGCAGACUUAAAUGUAACCACUCUUGGCUUAUGAGUGUUAUGUCCAAGGAUUAAUCUUAUUAUUGCUGUUCACAUUAUGAUACUCUUUGAUUAGACUUUUUUUUUUCUUGUAUGAGGACAUGACUUUUGUUUAAACGUUUUUUUUUUUCUCCACAACCAAAACAAUGACUUUUUUUUUUAUUUCUUGUACUAGGUCAGAUGGUCAAGGCUAAUCAAGUGACCUCUGCAUUCAUUUACAGGUAAUACUACAUAAUGCAUGUCAUUCGUGGUAAUGGGUUGACCCUUAAAUUCUCUACUAUGCUUCUGUUGUCCAAAUAAAGUUUUCUUAACUUGAAUAUUUACUUGAUGACUUUUUUUUUUUUUUCUCCAUUUAGGAAGGAUUCUGAAAGAGGUUUCACAAUAGCUUGCAUAUGCGGUUUUAAAAUGCACUUAAAUCUGCUGUGGCUCAUGAGAUGGUGACUUUACUUUAUUUUGACUUGUAUACUAAUUGUAUCAAGAAUAGUUUUUAUGCAUGAACAUAAUAAAGGAAAAUUUGUGUAUAAAA